CUCCUCUUUCCUCUCACUGCGUUCUUGUCUUCAGUGGGCAACGUGCAGGUCACCUGCUACCGCAUCUUGAACGCAUUGUACAAACUGGGGACUACAAGUUCGAAACAUGCCAGUCGAGGCAGUUUUAUGGAGGAAUUGAACAGACAUCGUGCCCAAAUCGGAGAUUGCCUUGCUGCGUUGGCCGGUGCUUUCCCAGUGGCCUUCUUGGAACCGGAUCUCAACCGUAACAAUCCACUUUCCAUUACGUACAACAACACCGGUGGCGACUAUAGCCUUGAAGCACGCGAUGUACUCGGUGAACUGUCUAAAACAUUGGUCGGGCUACCAGAAAUCAUCCGACAAGUGGAAUGCUUGGCCGACUCCGGGGUCUCUGGUGCCGCUGAAGCCCCACAUCUCAUCGAGGUGACCCUACCCAUGCUGUGCUCGUAUCUGCCGACCUGGUGGCGCAAAGGCCCUGAGUGUAUGAAACAGUAUGGCUUCGAAGGCUUGAGACGUUCACCUUCGGACGAAGCGCAAGCCAUGGAUCCGACAGCUGCUGAAAGAGAAAUGCAGGUGAAGGCAGCGUUACCCGAGCGUUUGGCCAGCAUUGUCGCUCCACUGACGACAGUCACGGCUGACCUGAUGAACCGAGUGCUGGGAAGUGUGUUGCAGUUGAUCCAAAACAAUAUCGAUUCGCCUCAUGCCCCUUGGAUGACCCGCAUCGCAA